AUGCGUUUCCUCGCUGUCCUGACAGCGGCGGCCUCUCUUGGGGUCGCCGCUGCUGGAGUUAUCCAGGCCAAAUCUACCAAUGAGGAAAGCUGCUCCAAUAUUGUUAACACUGGUGAAGUUCUUCAUCUUUCGGUCAAUAUCAUCGAAUAUCCAGUCAUCGUCGAUGUUGUGCUGGAGGACAACGCCGUGAUCACUAUUGAUAACACCAUCCUGAUUGAUUGCACCAAUGCGCCCACCCACCUCCACACCACUGUGUAUGCUACUGAGACCAGCACUGUCACCAAGACUAUCUCUGUUGCUACUGCUGGCGUCAGCGUGGCCGAGACUGCUGCUGCAGCCUCCAAUGGCAACAGCCGUACUGUCCUCACUGAGAUUGCGACCAAGACCAACGCUGCGAAGCCUCACCACACUGUCCACACUCAUGGCUCGGGUCCCGUUGCAGGUGGCUCUGCCGUUGGCUCUGGCUUCAAUACCCAGUUGAACACCAGACCUGUAUCCCAUACUGAUGUCCGUACCAUCGUGAAGACCGCUACUCACCAUGGUACUACUACUACCAAGACAUACACCACCACUGUUGCCUCUGCCACUGCUACCAUUGCUGCCGGUGAGUAUGUUGAUUGGACCAAGUACAAGGCCAACGGUGUCAACCUUGGUGGAUGGCUCGAGCAGGAGCGUGUUUUUAACCAGUAUUGGUGGGACCAGUAUGCCCCCGACGCUGAUGAUGAGUGGACAUUCUGCGAGACCCUCGGCUCCCAGUGUGGUCCUGUUCUCGAAGAGCGAUAUGCCACCUUCGUUACUACUGCUGAUAUCGACAAGAUGGCUGCUGUUGGUGUCAAUACUCUCCGCAUCCCUACCACCUAUGCUGCCUGGAUCAAGAUCCCUGGAUCUGCUCUCUACCACGGUAACCAGAAGGAUUAUCUGAAGAAGAUCGCUGUCUAUGCCAUCGAGAAAUAUAACAUGCGCGUGAUCGUUGGCCUGCACUCCCUCCCCGGCGGCGUCAACAACUUGGACAUUGGCGAGGCUGUUGGACACGAUAGCUGGUUCUUCAACAACACCAACUUGCAAUAUUCCUACCAGGCGGUUGAUCAGAUUCUGAACUUCUUCGUCGAAACAGGAUAUCCCUGGGGCUUUACCCUUUCCGCCAUCAAUGAAGCCUCCGACAACCCAGAUGACUUCGCCGGCACCAAUACCUUGACUACCAACGGGACUAACUGGAUUGUCAAGUACACCAACGGUGUCCUGAACCGCAUCGCUAAUGUUGACAAACGCAUCCCUCUCAUGCUACAGGACUGCUUCGUUGGCGAAGAGCACUGGUCUCCAUACUUCGCGAAUGGCACCAAUCUCGUCAUCGAUAUGCACGUCUACUAUUUCGCAGCCUCUGGUGUCUACUCCCAGUGGGCUACCGGCGCAAUCUGUGGCCAGGCAUCCCAGCUUGGUGGCGAUGGCAAAUUCCCCGUGUACGUCGGUGAAUGGGCUCUGCAGACUCUGUACAGCAACAGCUAUGCCAACCGCAAGACUCUAUUCGAUACUCAGCGCUAUGCCUGGAGCUACUAUGUUCAGGGUGGAUCCUUCUGGAACAUUAAGCACAACAGCAGCGCUGUGGUCAGUGGCCAGGGUACUCAGAGGGACUACUGGUCAUAUGAGCGUCUUAUCGACGCCGGUGUGAUCACGAAGGCUGCUUCCAACCAGACAUAUUGCUAA